AGCUGCCGCCUGAGGUAGCGUGGGAGAAGACAGCUGGGGAGUAGCCUCCCGGGCGGCAGUCAGGAUUCUGCUACAGGAAAGACGACGCGUCUGGACGCGAACGUUUAGUUACUUGAAGUUGUCAAAAUGCCAAUAAGAGCUGAACUUCAGCAGUUGGAAAAAUGCAUAGAUAAUGCUUUAAGAAAAAAUGACUUCAAACCUUUAGAACGUUUUCUGCAGAUGGAAAAUUAUGAAGAUAUCACACUUAAAUGUAGUAAACAGUUUUUCAGCAAGUUGGACAACCUUAUGUGCAAGGAACUUAACAAAAAAGACAUCCAGAAUACUUCAACUAUUUUAAAUUCUCUUGGGAAAUAUGGCAAAAAUAUCAGCAUAUUUGGGGAAACUGGACUUCUAGUAAUGAUAAAACAAGGGCUAGUCAAAAAGAUGGUAGCCUGGUUUGAAAAAACCAAAGACAUUAUUUUAAGUCACAAGAAGGAAAAAGAUGAAGCCAUGACGAAUCUGAUAGAAGAUUUCUUUGAUGUCUUGAUGACUGUUCAUGAUAUCAAUAAAGAAGGUAAAAUCGAAGUGCUGGAAAACUUUAUUUUGAGGAUCUGUGCCCUUGUAGUCGACAUGAGAAUACAUAUGUGUAUUCAGCAGGAGGCCAUAAAAAAGUUGAAUGUUAUGCUUGACGGCAUGCCUCGAGACGCCAAGAAAAUAAUUUCCAAACGAGAAAUGUUGUCUCUCAUGAUUGAUAUGGGGAAACGGAUAUUAGAUGCUGGAGAUUAUGACUUUCAAGUAGCUAUCACAGAAGCUUUAUGUAGAAUGACCUCUGAAAAACAAAGACGAGAACUGGCUUCUCAGUGGUUUCCAAUGGAAUUUAUUGCUACUGCAUUUAAAAAGAUUAAAGAUUCUGAUUUUGAAACAGACUGCAGGAAAUUUCUCAACCAUGUGAAUGGCAUGCUUGGAGAUAAGAGAUUGGUUUUUACAUUUCCUUGUUUAUCAGUAUUCCUUGAUAGAUAUGAGUUACAGAUACCUUCAGAUGAAAAACUUGAUGACUUUUGGAUUGACUUUAAUCUUGGUAGCCAAAGUAUAUCCUUCUAUAUUUCAGGAGAUGACGAAGAUCACCAGUGGGAAGCUGUCAAUGUGUCUAAUGAUGAAGUAGAAAAAUACAAUGUAGAAGUGAAAGAUACUAAGAAGAUCCUAACACUUUUUCUGAAAACUACAAUGAAUGUUGGUAACAAAAAAGGAGAUCAACUGGUCUUCUAUUUUGAUCAUUUACUAGACAUCCUUGAUGUGACUAAACAAAUUUAUGGUACAAAUAAGUAUAGGGAGUUUACCAAGAAACAAGCAAUUUCAGUUGCUAAAACAGCAGUGCAUAUCAUUUUUGAUGAAAGUGGAUCACAGAUUCUAAUGCCAGAAAGUCAAAGUUCACCUGCCAAAAUAGAAAAUUCUUUUAAAGUGGAUGAAAAACCUAAACAACAAUUUUCUGAAAAUCAGAAAGAUAUGAUUCAUAAUGCUAAUCAACAGGACCUUAGCAAUACUCAUUUUCAGAUGAUAACUCCUAUUAAAAGAAAAAUGUCUGAAGCAUCAAUGAUUAUUCCUGGUACCGAUAAACUGACUUUGAAGACUUUAUUAGCUGACACAUCAACACCUCAAACACGAAAAGUUAAACCACCUUUGAAAAUGGUGAACUCUGCUGAACCAACUAGUAUUUACAAAGUAAAAGAAAAAGAAGUGAAAAAUACCACAUCUCUUUCAGGUUCAGUUGAAGGAAGGAAUUCACAGAGCUACCAAAGUGAUCUUCCUAAAUCUCAGCCAGUCACUGCCGCUGAGGCCAUCGAAAUGGUAGAAAGUGAUGAGAAUAGCAAUAUGUUAGGAAAACAAAAUUCUAAUGGAGAUGUGGAUAUCAUUCCUGAUUCACAACCAGUUGGGAAAAUAGAUAAAACAUUAUUUCCAACUGUUUUGGACAACAGUUAUGAAAGUAACAUCCUCUUAAAAUGGACUUGCUGGACACCUGUAAAAAAUAUUAAAAUUUCUAGUAAAGAAAGUGCAGAUACGUCACCAGAAGAAACAUUUAAUCAAGACUUUCUUAGUGAAAGAGUCACUGACAAGUCCUCUCCAUCAAUAUCUGAGAAUAUUGCACUAGAAAAAAAUACGGCAUCAGAAAAUCUAAAUCAGAUUUUAGAUUUAAAUCAGAAAAGAAAAGGAGAUGUGGAAUAUAGCAAAAAGAAGAAAACAGAAAUGGAAACCUGUGAAACAAACAGAAGACAACCACUAAAUUCUAUCAGUUUAGAUCAGAAAAAUAUUGAAGAAAACAAGGAAAAUGACUGGCAUAUUGAGUCUGAAACCAUUAAAUCAGUUCUUUUAAAUAGGACUAUUGAAAAGUCUUUAAUAUACACCAAGAAAUUGGUUCUGGCAAAAGAACUAAAUAAUGAUUGUUGUGAUAAAACCAUUUCUUCUGGAAUAAAUGCCAAAAGCAAUAGAAGGCCUAUGAAAGGAAUGACAUCUGAAAGUCGAUCUUGUGACCUAGAAACAAAUAGAAAGAAAGAAAAGACAAAAGGAAAACAUUUUACUGAUGCAGCAGAAUCAUUGAUCGACCAAAUUAAUAAGAGAUACAACCAAAAGGAUGAUUUAAAUUUUUCAAGAAAAUUUAGAGACUCUUUGAAUGAAAGGAGGAAUUCAAAUAAACCUGGUCUACUUAUCAGAAAGGAAAAAAUCCUGAAUAAAAACUCUAGACAAUUGAAGAGGACUACUUCUGUUAAAAUGACUUCUGAAUGUGCUUUGAACGAUGUUUAUAAUUUUCAGUUGAAUGGAGCUGAUGACCCUACUAUAAGACUUGGUACAGAGGAAUUUCAGACUACUAUCAAAGAAAGUUCUAUAACUAACUCAAAAAAGUCGUUAGGUUUAAGGAGUCAUGAUGGAAAUGAAGCUUUUCUGAAAGAGAAAGAUAAAAAAACUAGAACAAAUCACAGGAAGCAUCUCUUUAGUGACACAGACACAGACUAUAGAGGUGAUGACAGCAAGACUGAUAUUAGUUGGCUAAAAGAAUCAAAUAAAAAACCCAAACCUCAACUGGUAGAUUAUAGCAGAAAUAAAAAAGUGAAGAAACCUCAAAAUAUGCGAUCAAGUCUAUCAGGAGAAGUGAAACUACCAAAAUCUAAGAAGGCACAAAAUACAGAUCUCAAGGUAGAUCAAAGAAUCACAGAAACAACAAGACCCCAACGUCCUCGAAGAGCAGGACUAGUUAAAAAAAACUAUAAAGAUUUCUCAAAUUCAGAAUCAGAAAGUGAAGAAGAAUCGUUACCAGUUGUCCUCAGUAAAGAGAAAUUAGAAGUUCAGGUUACAAAUAUGCGUAACAAAAGUAAAACCACAAAACAAUUGAAAAAAGGCCAACAUGCUAUUUCUGCUGAAACACAAGAGGAAAUAUCAAAGGGAGGGAAAAAAUCAUCUGAAGUAAAAGAUUAUAUAAGAGAAAAAAGACUUGACUCAUCACCGAUUCCUUUAUCUGGAAGCCCUGCAUCUAUAGAAAUAAUGAGAUGUUCACAGAAAACAAUUGAAAAAGAAUUUCCUCAAGAUUAUAUUGCUUCACAAAAGUUUGCAUCCCCUUUUUCACAAAAUUCAACACCUGAAAGAACAGAAUCUGUAAAUAGUAGUGUCCUUGGCAUUACAGGCAAUAGUUUCUAUGCUGCAAACGUGAGAAUUGAAAGCAAAUGUUUGAUGCAGUCACCUGAAAAUAUUGAUGAAAACUUGAUGUUUACAACAAAUAAACAUUUCUCAAGUCCUCUGUUUUUGCCAAAAAUUAAUUCAGUAAUAAUGGACAAAUUUGAUGAUAGUGGAAAAGAUCUAGAAAUACCUUACCAGAAUAUUCAAGAUUAUGACAUCUCUAUGGAUUUAAGUAGUUAUGAUUCAGAAAAGCAAAUUAGUGGAUCAGAACUGAAAAAAAUCCAUGAAAAUUUUAUUCUAUGUUCACAAAAGGAACCCCUUUCACCAUCACAGUUUUCGCUGUCUAGUUCAAAGAGAGAAAAACUCUAUGACAUAUCUAUUGAUAUUCUUCAUCAAAAAGGAUCUAAUAUACAUACAAAUCUCAAACGGUUAUGCACCUCUGAUAAUCUGAGUAAUUCUGAUGAAAUGGAACUAGAAGAGGAAGAAGAAAGAAGACAAAAUUUGCUUCCUCCAAAAUUGAUUAAAACAGAUAGUGAUCAUGUUACUUACAAGGUAUCUGGGAGCAUAUCUACAUUAUCAGCCAAUGAGUUUUCUUUUCCUGGAGAGACUUGGGAGACUCAAAGUUCAGGUGUAGACAUAAUGUGCCAGAAACUAAACAAGGAGUUUAAAAAAAAAAUUCAGAACCAAUGCCAAAAAAUGGAUUAUUUUAAUAGGCUGUCUUUGAAAUCAGCUGAGCAGCAUCUGACAAGCAUCAAUGAUCACAUUUAUGAAUACAGAAUGAAGCAGCUUAAUAAGUUCCAAUUCAAUAUGAUGGAGGAGCUAGAGAACUUUGAAAAAGAUUCCCAAUCUUUAAAAAACUUGGAGCGAGAAUUUUCGGAUUUUUGGAAAAAAACUUGUCAGAAGUUAGGUGCCUAUAAGAAAAAUGAACAAAAAAGAGCUCAUCUUCUGAAAACUUCAUUUGAAAAAAAUGUUUCUCACAACAUUGAGUAUGAAGAAAAUAUUUUUACUUCUGAGAUGUACUUGAUGAAAGAAGAAAUGAAAAGACUUCAAGAAAAACUUCUUAAGGAAAUGCAAGAAGAGGAGCUUCAUAAUGUUCGAAGAGGAUUAAUGUCACUUUUUACAUCUAAUGAAAGAAAAUUUUAAUGCACAAAAUCUAGUAUUUAGCAAUAUAUCUAAAUACCUGUUCUUUCUCUAUACAUCUUUACAAACAAUUAUACAAAUACAAAAAAAAAAAACAACAAACUCCAGUACUCUAGCAUGUACAGAUAGUGUACUAUUAAAUUAUGAACACUAUCCAUUCCUUUUUGUGCUAAUAUAUUUCUCCUUAAUGAAUUAAUAAGACACUUAGACCAGCAUGACAGUUAUCCCAACCUAUUUUUCUGUCUUAUCCUUUUGUUUUAUUUACUGUGUUCCCACUAUUACUUGUAGGAGAAAAAAUAUUGGGCAGGUAAACUUUAUAAGAAGACAGCUAAUUAUUUUAUUAGCUCUUUGCAUCACUGUAUUAAGAAUUAAAAUGAUGUCAAAACUUUUUUUAGGAAAUUGUAAUUUAUUGUAUAUAAAAAGACUUUAAAAUGUGUAAGUAAAGUCAAACUUUAGGCUUUGAAAAUAUUAAUUAAAUCCAUAUUUUAAUCAUUAAGAAUAUAGCAAAGAAAUUUGGUUCAUACUUUCAAUGAAGAAAAAUACUUUCCAAAUGAAAAUCAGGAAGUACUAUUUACUUAAACCAAAGCAGUAAUUAUUCUUUUAGCAACUCAGGUUCCUUCCCUAAGGAAAGAAUAUCUAGAAUAAAUUCCCAUUUCAACAAUUUUUCAAAGCUGUAUUUUCUUAGAACACAUAGCAUGGGUCUGUCACUUUGUAAAGUAAUUUGUAAAAAUGAAUAUACACUGUUUACUUCAGU